CCACUAGUAGUAAAAUAAAAAUAAAAUAAAAACAAGAGAGAGGAAAAAAAAAUACUCGUAGGAAGCAGCAGCCUAUAGAUACAGAAAUAGAUAUAUAGAGAGAGAAAGAUAAAACUUUGAGAGCUAAAAAAAAUGGGCCAGAUCGUGAGAAGAAAGAGGAAAGGAAAACAUAGUAACAAAACAGAUCGAGCUCACUCGCCGGCGGCGCCGGUUGACCGACGGAGCAGUGGCCGGCGGCGCCGGAACGUUAGGUAUAACUUUGACAUAAAUGAUUAUGUUGAUGAUGAUGAGUUUUAUAAUGAUGAAGAUGUUGAUAUUGGAAGGAGACAGAAAAAGAAAAUCAAAUUAUUGCUUAGUGAUGACGUCGACGAUGACGUGUCACGUCGGCGCGUGUAUCACGCGCCGCCGGUUUUAGCUCGGUCGUCUUCCGAGGACGAAAAUGAUUCCGAUGACGACGACGGCGAUGAGUAUGACCGUAUUUUUAAGAAGAAAAGAAAAGUAGUUGAUGAUGAUUUUGGGAUUGAAAAGAUAAGGGAAGGUAAUGUGGAUGAAGAUGAUGAGGAAGAAGAAGAAGAAGUGGAAGGGUCGGAUUACGAUCGAGGGAAGGAGUCAGAUUUGCGGGAUAAAAACACUCUAGAGGUGAUUCUUGACAAACUUCAAAAAAAAGAUAUUUAUGGGGUUUAUGCUGCCCCAGUUGAUCCGGAUGAGCUUCCUGAUUAUUAUGAUGUGAUCAAGCAUCCCAUGGACUUUGCCACGGUGAGGAAAAAGCUUGCGAAGGGAUUGUAUCUAACGUUGAAAGAGUUUGAGAGUGACGUGCUUCUGAUUUGCACAAAUGCAAUGCAAUACAAUGCGCCGGAUACAAUUUACUAUAAACAGGCAAGCUCUAUUCAAGAGCAGGCGAAACUGAGAUUCCAGAGGCUAAGGAGUAAUGUUGAUCGAUCAGAGAUAGAACCCAGAUUAGAGCAGAAAACAUUACCAAGUUUCUCACUACCUAAGAAACAAUUGAAAAAGUCAGUGGCCCUGAAUGCAGAGGAUCCUGUUAGCUCGGGAUACUUACCCAUUGGUAGAAGAGAAGUCCCAAAUGGUUUGUCUGCCAAGAACCGUGCUGGCUCUGGAUCCUUGUCUGGUUCCAUGGACAGAACAGGAGAAGCCCCAAAUGGCUCAUCUGCCAAGAAUCAUGUUGGCUCUGAAACAUUCUCCGGUUCCGUGGGCAAAACAGGAGAAGCCCUAAAUGGCUCAUCUGCCAAGAAGCAUGUUGGCUCUGAAACCUUCUCUAGUUCCAUUGGUAGUAAAGGAGAAGUCCCCAGAAGUUCAUCUGCCAAGGACCUUGUUGCCUCUGAAACCUUUUCUGGUUCCAUUGGUAGAACAGGAGAAGUCCCCAAAAAUUCAUCUGCCAAGGACCCUGUUGGCUCCGAAACCCUCUUUGGUUCCGUUGGUAGAACAGGAGAAGUCUCGAAAGGUUUAUCUGCCAAUAACCGUGUGGGCUCUGAAACCCUAUCUGGUUCCAUUUUUAGGGCAAGAGAAUUACCUAGCGGUUCAUCUGCCCAGACUCUCCUAAGGACAAAUAGUGGUGAGGUGCCGGUUGCCGGAAACUCUUCUUUGGCCGAUAACAAUCCGGAUAAAGAUCAAGAACCACAAUCAGGAAAAGGCCUUGCAUCUAAACUUGGAAGGAAACCAUCUGUACCUGAUGAAAAUCGACGUGCAACAUACAACACAUCACUUGAACCAGAAACUGAUUCAGACUCUGUAUUGUUAACCUUCGAGGGUGAAAGCAAGCAGUUCAUUCCUGUGGGGCUUCAUGCAGAGCAUUCCUAUGCUAGAAGUUUGGCUCGUUUUGCUGCAACUCUCGGAUCCGUUGCUUGGAAAGUUGCUUCUCAGUCAAUAGAGCAAGCAUUGCCCAAAGAUGUCAAAUUUGGCCGUGGAUGGGUAGGAGAAUAUGAACCACUCUCGACUCCUGUCCUAACGCCUGAAAAUUGCAUCUUGAAAGAACCCAAUUUUCACUCACAUUCCAAGAUUGCUUCGGAUAUUAGAGAAGACAGAAGAACUCCUAAAGGCCUUGUGGAUGGUACGCCCCAUUCACAUAAAUUGCCAUUAUUUGUUAACCCGAUCACUGCUAAGCAAGAGUCUCCUAGGGUAGCCAAUAAAGAUCAUAGCCCUAGCCUGAGCCCGAGCCCGAAACCUUUCUUUUCUUCUUUGCAAGCGAAUCCUGCAUUUUCUAGUUCAAAUUUUCUGCAUCAGAGAUCACCUUCAAGGAACUACACAACACCGGAAAAGGGGGGCUCACCACAAGUUGAACUCAAUCAUCCACCUCCUAUGCAUUUAAGUGCUUCUGAUUUUGUUGCAAAAGGACCGGUUUCUAAUGCUUCUGGUAUCCCAUCUCCCAGACAGUCAAAACCAGUUAAAAACGAAAUCCUUGCGCCCUUGCCAUCUUUUAAGCACCCCAACAGUAACAUUAAAGGAAAUCCGGCACCAUUUGGUCUGGAUUGUAAUAGAACGAUUCCUACGGACAGUGUGACCCGUCAACAGGAACCACAGGCCCUUAGCGACCCGGUUCAAUUGAUGAAAAUGCUAGCUCAGAAAGGUCAUCACCAGCAGACCAACUCAAAUGGUUUUGGUUUUAACCUGAGAAGACAGGAGUCAAACAAUGCUGCUUCAUCUACUCCACACUCCCAUUCAAACAGUUCCCAAAUUGGCUCUAAGAGAGACGAUUCAAGCAAUGUUGCCUUUACCGCUGCUCAGGCAUGGAUGUCAUUAGGAGCGACAGGGUUUCUGAAACCACCAUCGGCAGAAAACAUGAACCCCCACAAACAACCGGUAUCAUCACCUGAUUCUUUAUAUAGCUCGAGCCGUGAUCACCACCAACCUCAAGUCUCACGGUUUCGUGGUGAGCUCAACACUUGCCAACAACCAGUCUAUGGCUUUGUCCCACAACCUGUUAGAAUGCUCAAUGAUGGUCAACCCCAAAACAGAAAUGUCGGUUUUCCUCAAGUGGUAACCACAGAUCUUUCAAGAUUUCAGGUACCAUCUAGUUGGAGAGGUGUUAACCCUCACAUGCAGAUACAAUCAAGGCCAAAGCAACAAGAAUCGCGCCCGCCUGAUCUAAAUAUCGGGUACCAGUCAAUGGGGUCUCCUGUGAGACAAUCCACUGGUAUGAUGGUUGAUUCUCAGCAACCUGAUUUAGCUUUGCAACUCUAAAACCUACAAAACGAACCAAGAGAGAGUUGAAGCCUUUAGGUAUAUUAUGCCUUUGAUUUUUUGGCUUUAGGAUUCCGGUUUCUGCUGUUAAAAUGUAAUCACCUUUGUAGAAAGAAAGAAUAUAUCAAUUUGCUAUUGAAACCGGAUCCCAUCACAGUUAUUGAGAAUCAUGUGAGUUGUGUAGUUACAGAUGUAGUGUUGGUUCUUGAAUAGAUGAAGUUUCAUUGUUGUUAUAGCACUUUAUAGAUGUAUGUUGCAUUUGAUUUGUUUAAUUAAUCACUACUACUUUUGGCUAUGAAAAA